AUGCUGAUGAAUCACACAAACCAAACAGAGGAUGACCUCUUCUCCUGCUACAGUCCUUCAGUCAUAGUCUACCGCUACUUUGCUGUGCUGUGGGGAUGUUUUGUGACCAUCACUGGUACUGUGGGGAACCUGAUGACCAUUCUAGCCUUCGCCUUAGACCCGCAUCUGAGGACUCGCUUCAAUAUGCUGAUCAUCAACCUGGCUGUGGCUGAUCUCCUGUACUGCACCAUACUGCAGCCCAUCUCAGUUGACUCCUAUCUACACCUUAGAUGGCGCAGUGGCCAACUCUGGUGCAGCAUCUUCGGCCUGCUCCUCUUCCUCUCCAACUUUGUCUCCAUUAUGACCCUCUGCCUGGUAGCUGUGAGUAGAUACCUCCUGGUUGCAAAAAGGACUGUGUUUGACCGUGUCUUCUUUGAACAUGGUCUUGUUUUACUCCUGAUCUCAACAUGGGUACUAGGCCUGGCCAGCUUUGGCCCACUCUGGCCUGUGUAUGUGUUUGUGCCACAGGUCUGCACAUGCAGCUUCCAUCGAACCAGGGGUCGCCCCUACAGCACCAUCCUGCUCUUUUUCUACUUUUUUGUCGGCCUGGGCUGCAUUGGCGCAUUCUACCUCCUCAUUUACAGACGUGUCAAGAUUGCCUCACAGGCUCUACUCCGCUACAGGUUCAGCCGUCGGUCCUCCAGGAAGGGCACUUCUUCAGCACAAGGGACUGAUAACAGUGGUGUAGAGAGCAGUAUGGACAACACAUGUAGUUGUGAGAUAAGCAGCCAGGCGGAUCAAACCCAAAAUAAGGAUAAGAGCACAUGUGAAAACAGCUUUGCCGCGGCCUCAAAUUCACCAGCAGCCAGUAAGCCUACCUCUGAUAUUAUCCCUACAUCACCUUCAUCCACACCUGCACCCAUGGGUGCAGCAUCCUCGUCCCACUCAGCAACAUCAGGAGAUGACGGUGAAUUCAGGCGUGUGACAUGCAUGUGUUUCACUGUUUUCCUGUGCUUUGUGUUCUGCUUCGUACCCUUCCUGUUGCUCAACAUAGCCGACAAACAGAACCGCGCCCCACGGGUACUGCAUAUGUUCUGCGCAAACCUCACCUGGCUGAACAGCUGUAUCAACCCCAUGAUCUACGCUGUCAUGAACCGACAGUUUCGACAGGCCUACUAUGUGCUGCUCUCCAGGGCUGCUGCACCAUUCACCCGCCUCUGACACAAGCCCAGUAUGAUAUUACUCUUUUGACAGAUGGCACAUGAUUGACAUCAUGCAGCUUAUAUUCAUCACUAUCAAGUUUAAGUUGCUCUUCUGUUUGUUCAAGUAGGAGAAGAGAAGAAGUAGGUCUCAGGUAGUGAACAAAAGCACAGGAUGAAUUUAACAAACAAAAUGUGUUUAUGUGGCAUUACCAAAUGUAGCUGCUAAGCCUAAACUUAAAGCCACUGAGGGGCUGCAAGAUACAAUAAUACAGCAUGUUACCCCUCCUGGCGCAGCAGUCAAAAAUUGUAUUGCUCCUCCGUCCAGCAG